UUUCUCUAUAGCGAAACAGAAUGUAAGCUCGCGAUAUCAGGAUGGUUCGUACGAAGCUAGAGCGCUAGCUGAACAGAUGGUGAAGAGAAAACGAAGAAUUUAAGCGCAAACACGGAUUUCCUGUGGGAUAAGCACACAGGCCUGGCUGAUAAAACGAUGCCACACUCGAGACGGUACCCGUCCUCAGAAAGGGCCAGCCGGAGCAGCUAUCAAGACCGAGACAGAGGACGCAAGCAGAGGCACCGCAGAUCGCCCUCUUUUUCCUCUAGCAGUGACCGGGAUAGAGACAGAAGGGGACGGGGAAACCGACAGGAGGGAAGCUACGCUCGCUCCAGGAGCUACGAUAAUCGUUCGGCAGACCGCAGGCCAUACGACCGACGCUAUUGUGAGGGCUACCGGCGCCUGGACCAGAGCCGCGAACGAGACCGCGGAAACCGGGAAAGGGAACAUGGAGGUGCACCAGCAGCAGCCGACGGUUACUACGCACGUGACUUCUCACCGAACAUGUGCGACUACCGGCGGGGGCGCGAGAGGGAACGGGAGGAGUCGUACCGAAGGAAGGGCAGCAGGCGUAAGCACAAACGAAGGCGGCGUAGAACCAGGUCCUAUAGCCCAUCCUCCUCGCGGAGUGACAGCCGGACGCGGGCACUGAGUGUGAGGGACGACGAGGAAGGGCACCUGAUCUGUCGGAGUGGGGACGUCCUGCAAGAGAGAUAUGAGAUUGUCAGCACUCUGGGGGAAGGCACCUUUGGGAGGGUGAUGCAAUGUAUUGACCAUCGUCGGGGAGGGGCCGCUGUUGCUCUGAAGAUCAUAAAAAAUGUGGAGAAAUACAAGGAAGCAGCUCGUCUGGAGAUCAAUGUGCUGGAGAGAAUCAAUGAGAAGGACCCGGAAAACAAACACCUGUGUGUGCAGAUGUAUGACUGGUUCGACUACCACGGCCACAUGUGCAUCUCCUUUGAGCUGCUGGCCCUCAGCACCUUCGACUUCCUCAAGGAGAACAACUACCUGCCCUAUUCCAUCGCCCAGGUCCGACACAUGGCCUACCAGCUAUGCCUGUCCGUCAAGUUUCUUCAUGAUACCAAGUUGACGCACACAGACCUGAAGCCAGAAAACAUCCUGUUUGUCAAUUCUGACUUCACUAUGACCUAUAACGUAGAGAAGAAGCGCGACGAGCGGACAGUGAAGAGCACAGACGUACGGGUGGUGGACUUUGGCAGCGCCACGUUUGACCACGAGCACCACAGCACCAUCGUCUCCACAAGGCACUACCGCGCCCCGGAAGUCAUACUAGAGCUGGGCUGGAGCCAGCCUUGUGAUGUGUGGAGCAUCGGUUGCAUCCUGUUCGAGUACUACCUGGGCUUCACCUUGUUUCAGACUCAUGAUAACAGGGAGCAUCUGGCCAUGAUGGAGAGAAUACUGGGGCCGGUGCCCUCCAGGAUGAUACGCAAGACAAGGAAGCAGAAAUAUUUUUACCGUGGCCGUCUGGACUGGGACGAGAGCUCGUCAGCUGGGAGAUACGUGAGGGAGAACUGCAAACCCUUACGGAGGUACCUGUUGUCAGAGGCCGAGGAGCACCAUCGGCUGUUUGACCUGAUUGAGAGCAUGCUGGAGUACGAGCCCGCUAAGCGCCUGGCCCUGGCAGACUCCCUCAGACACCCUUUCUUUGAAUCGGGGACAGCAGGCGAUGCGGUGGGGGGGAAGAGCUGGGAGGGCAACCGCGACAUCAGCCGGUGACCCCGUGACCUCCACACUCUUCUUUUAUUCUUUUAAAUUUUUUACAGACUCUUAACGAUAGAGCGAUUUAAGGUGGAGCAGACCGAUAUGACCACUUAAGGCGGUACGGCCAAAUUUGAUGGGCCUGACCAGUCUGUCUGAAAUCCUUUGGUCAUUCAUCACAGCAUGGACCUGUUUCCUCCUGCUUACUGUACUGCCCCCACCCAUCUCCACAGUUAGGAGAGAGGCUCAUGCUGGCAGCUAGAAGACCAGAAGGACUUCAGAAGAAGACAGACCUCUACUUAGUCCUCUCGGCUUCUGCUCCAACAGAAGACAAAUGACCAAGAGAGGAGUUUUUAGCCCAACCUUAAACUACCCAGACCCAGCUCCAGUCUUCCGCAUGUAAAGGAAAGGACUGGCCUAGUCUGGUGGAACACUAGUGAGAGCAAGAGAAGCUUUGCUAUGAAAUCCAAUAUUGUGACCGCUUCAUUUGAGGUGAAAGGCUUGGAGAAGAGGGGCAUUGUAAUGAGUAACGUGCUAUUUGGAAACUCUUGACCAUGCCACAGCCAUCGAUCUGGACUAAUAUUAGCCAAUUGGAUGGCACGUUUCGUCAAUAAGUGAUUGACACACCACAUUUAUUGCUUAUAUAGGCCUCUCCUAUUGAUAUAAUAUAUCAUCUGUAUCUCUGUUACGUUAUGCAAUGCUUUUGAGGAGAGGGAUUAUGAUGCCAUAUUAAUGUAAUAAUAGUACUCACGACUGGACAUGUUUUCUCAGCUGGUCUUCAUCUUGUCUGGGGAAAUGACAGACCCUCACACAAAUCAGACCCCACACAACACAAACUGCAAACUGCCUUUUACAUGUGUGAUAGUAUCAGGCCUGUGGUCUGAGAUGAAGCACACACAGGUUCAUAAUAGUAACGUAUGGCAUCCCAAUGCCACAGGCACACCGCAUCACACAGUUUACAGUAUUUAUUAUGAGACGUUACUGGUGUUCAUCUCCCUGUACAUUAAAUUUUUUGUAUGAGAUUUAAAUGUAUAAAACUAUGUAUGAUUCUGUAGAAUUAAAGUUAUGUCCUCCUUU